GCGCGGGGGCCCGGCCACUCGGAGCAGCUCUGCCGCGGGGACUGCACCGCCCGCCCUGCCGGACCCGCCCCGACCCGGGCUCGCAGCAGUCAGCAGCCACAGCACCGCGACCUCGGGUCCCGCGCUGGCUAUGGCUGUGCCCCGGGGCUGAACGCGCAGGCUGUGUGACCGAGAUUCCCGACACAGAGACUGAGGGGAAGAAAGGAAGGAGGGGCGGGCUCCUGGCAAGGCAUUCGCUCCUGGACUGAAUCCUGCAAAGAUGGAGAAGGAGGAGGAGACUACCCGGGAGCUGCUGCUGCCCAACUGGCAGGGCAGCGGCUCCCAUGGGCUCACCAUUGCCCAGAGGGAUGACGGUGUCUUUGUGCAGGAGGUGAUGCAGAACUCCCCUGCGGCCCGCACUGGGGUGGUCAAGGAGGGGGACCAGAUUGUGGGUGCCACCAUCUAUUUUGACAACCUGCAGUCAGGCGAGGUGACCCAGUUGCUGAACACCAUGGGGCAUCACACUGUCGGCCUGAAGCUGCACCGCAAGGGGGAUCGUUCCCCUGAGCCUGGUCAGACCUGGACCCAUGAAGUCUUCAGCUCCCGCAGCUCAGAGGUGGUUCUGAGCGGGGAUGAUGAGGAGUACCAGCGCAUCUACACCACAAAGAUCAAGCCUCGGCUGAAGUCGGAGGAUGGCGUGGAAGGGGACCUUGGGGAGACCCAGAGCCGCACCAUCACAGUGACCAGAAGGGUCACAGCCUACACUGUGGAUGUGACCGGCCGGGAAGGAUCCAAGGACAUCGACAUCAGCAGCCCUGAAUUCAUGAUCAAGAUUCCAAGGCAUGAAGUGACUGAAAUCUCCAAUGUGGAUGUGGAGACCCAGCCUGGAAAGACAGUGAUCCGAUUGCCCUCAGGCUCGGGGGUCUCUCCAACCACAGGUGCCGCCGUCGACAUCCAGGCAGGGGCCAUUUCUGCCUCAGGACCAGAGCUUCAGGGUGCUGGCCACUCGAAACUCCAGGUCACUGUGCCUGGUAUAAAGGUGGGAAGCACCGGUGUCAGUGUCAGUGCAAAGGGCUCAGGCUUGGGUGGCAAAGGAGGGAUCCAAGUUCCAGGAGUGGAUAUUUCAUCUGCUCUUGAGGGUGGGGUAGCAGAGGUGCAGGGCCCAUCCCCCCAGAGCUGCGAUACUGGCAAAAUUAAGAUUCCUACCAUGAAGAUGCCAAAAUUUGGUGUGUCUGCCGGGCCCGAGGCACCAGAGGUAGGAUUGAAUGUUUCUGCGCCUGAAUUCUCUGUAGGGCAUAAGGGCGGCAAGCCCGGCUUGACCAUUGGUGGGAAUAUCCAAGCCCCUCACCUGGAAGUCAGUGCCCCCUCUGCCAAUAUUGCGGGGCUUGAUGGGAAGCUGAAAGGCCCUCAGAUUGCUGGGCCAUCACUUGAGGGUAACUUAGGCCUGAAAGGUUCCAAGCCACUGGGAAGCAUAGGAAUAGAUGCCUCUGCUCCCAAAAUUGAGGGCAGCAUCACAGGCCCCAGUGUGGAAAUUCGAGCCCCUGAUGUCGAUAUUCAUGGGCCUGGGGGCAAACUGAAUGUGCCCCAGAUGAAAGUCCCUAAAUUCUCUGCCUCAGGUUCAAAGGGAGAGGGAGCUGGCAUUGAUGUGACACUGCCGACAGGUGAAGUGACUCUUCCUGGGGCCUCUGGGGAUAUGAGCUUACCUGAGAUCUCUACUGGUGGGCUGGAAGGGAAGAUGAAGGGUGCUAAAGUCAAGACUCCUGAAAUGAUUAUUCAGAAACCUAAAAUCUCUAUGCAGGAUGUGGAUCUGAGUCUUGGGUCCCCUAAACUAAAAGGAAAUAUUAAGGUUUCUGCUCCUGAGGUGAAAGGUGAUGUUAAAGGCCCUCAAGUGGCAGUUAAAGGCUCCAAAGUGGACAUAGAGACACCAGACUUAGAGGGGACCUUGACAGGCCCCAAGCUGGGCAGUCCUUCUGGGAAAACAGGAACCUGUAGGAUCUCUAUGGCAGAUGUGGACUUAAACGUGGCUGCACCUAAAGGGAAAGGGGGUGUGGAUGUCACACUCCCAAAAGUAGAAGGGACAGUCAGGGUCCCUGAAAUUGAUGUCAAAGGCCCCAAAGUGGACGUCAGUGCCCCAGAUGUGGAAGUUCACGGGAACCUGAAAAUGCCCAAAAUGAAAAUGCCCAAGUUCAGCACUCCAGGGGUCAAAGGGGAAGGCCCAGAUGUAGAAAUGACUCUACCCAAAGGAAAUGUCAGUAUUUUAGGGCCAGAGGUCAACGUGGAAGCUCCAGAUGUCAAGAAGGAGGGCCUGGGGGGCAAACUUAAAGGCCCUGAUAUUAAGGUGCCUGAAGUGAGUGUCAAGACACCAAAGAUCUCCAUGCCUGAUGUAGAUCUGCAUGUUAAAGGUACAAAGGUGAAGGGAGAGUAUGAUGUCACAGUUCCAAAGCUGGAAGGAGAACUGAAAGGCCCGAAAGUGAACAUUGAUGUCCCAGAUGUAGAAGCUCAUGGCCCAGACUGGCACCUGAAGAUGCCCAAGAUGAAAAUGCCCAAAUUUAGUGUGCCAGGGCUCAAAGCAGAGGGUGCAGAAGUGGAGGUGAAUUUGCCGAAGGCUGAUGUGGACAUUUCUGGGCCCAAGGUAGAGAUUAGUGCUCCAGACGUGAGCAUUGAGGGACCAGAAGGCAAAUUGAAAGGGCCUAAGUUCAAAAUGCCUGAAAUGAACAUCAAAGCUCCCAAGAUCUCCAUGCCAGAUGUGGACUUAGAACUGAAAGGCCCUAGUGUGAAAGGAGAAUAUAAUGUCACAGUGCCAAAGGUCGAAAGUGACAUUAAAGUUCCCGACGUUGAACUCAAAAGUGCCAAAGUGGACAUUGAUGUCCCAGAUGUGGAAGCUCGUGGCCCAGACUGGCACCUGAAGAUGCCCAAAAUGAAAAUGCCCAAAUUCAGCAUGCCUGGCUUCAAAGCAGAGGGCCCGGAUGUGGAUGUGAACCUCCCUAAGGCCAACAUUGAAGUCUCGGGACCCAAGGUGGAUGUUGACGUUCCAGAUGUGAAUAUUGAAGGACCUGAAGGAAAUCUGAAGGGUCCCAAGAUUAAGAUGCCAGAGAUGAACAUCAAGGCCCCCAAGAUCUCCAUGCCUGAUGUGGAUUUGCAUAUGAGAGGUCCCAAGGUAAAGGGAGAAUAUGAUGUUACAGUGCCAAAGAUAGAAGGGGAUCUGAAAGGUCCAAAAGUAGAUGUCAGUGCCCCAGAUGUUGAUGUUCACGGUCCUGACUGGAACCUGAAAAUGCCAAAGAUUAAAAUGCCCAAAUUUAGCAUGCCCAGCCUCAAAGGAGAAGGCCCAGACUUGGAUGUGAACCUUCCCAAGGCAGAUGUGGACAUUUCUGCACCAAAGGUAGAUAUUAGUGCUCCAGACCUGAGCCUUGAAGGACCAGAAGGGAAGUUGAAAGGUCCAAAGUUUAAGAUGCCUGAGAUGCACUUCAAGGCUCCAAAGAUGUCUUUGCCAGAUGUUGACCUGGAUCUCAAAGGGCCAAAAAUGAAAGGAAAUCUAGAUCUGUCUGCCCCCAAAAUAGAGGGUGACAUCAAAGGUCCCCCAGUAGACAUCAAAGCACCAGAUGUGGAAGUUCAAGGUGCAGACUGGAGCCUGAAAAUGCCCAAGAUGAAAAUGCCCAAGUUCACCAUGCCCAGCCUCAAAGGUGAGGGUCCAGAUGUGGAUUUGAACCUGCCCAAGGCUGACAUUGAUGUUUCAGGACCAAAAGUGGACAUUGAAGCUCCAGAUGUGAGCCUUGAGGGUCCGGAAGGGAAGCUAAAGGGUCCCAAGUUUAAGAUGCCAGACAUGCACUUCAAGGCCCCCAAGAUCUCCAUGCCUGAUGUGGACUUACACUUGAAAGGCCCCAAAGUCAAAGGGGAUGUGGAUGUGGAUGUGACAGUGCCCAAGAUAGAAGGUGAAAUGAAAGUGCCAGAUGUGGACAUCAAAGGCCCCAAAGUGGACAUUGAUGCCCCAGAUGUGGAUGUUCAUGGCCCAGACUGGCACCUGAAGAUGCCCAAGAUGAAAAUGCCCAAGUUCAGCAUGCCCGGCUUUAAAGCAGAGAGCCCAGAGGUGGAUGUGAAACUGCCCAAGGCCGACAUUGACAUUGCUGGACCCAAAGUUGAUAUUGAAACCCCAGAUGUGAGCCUUGAAGGUCCAGAAGGAAAACUGAAAGGUCCCAAGUUUAAGAUGCCUGAGAUGCACUUCAAGGCCCCCAAGAUCUCCAUGCCUGAUGUGGACUUGAAUGUUAAGGGGCCAAAAGUAAAGGGAGAUGUGGAUGUGUCUUUACCUGACGUCGAAGGUGAAAUAAAAGUGCCAGAUGUUGACAUUAAAGGGCCAAAAGUUGGCAUUGAUGCUCCAGAUGUGGAUGUCCAUGGCCCAGACUGGCACCUGAAGAUGCCCAAAAUGAAAAUGCCCAAGUUCAGCAUGCCCGGCUUCAAAGCAGAGGGCCCAGAUGUAGAUGUGAAUCUGCCUAAGGCCGACAUCGAUGUCUCAGGACCCAAGGUGGAUGUUGAAGUUCCAGAUGUGAAUAUUGAAGGUCCAGAUGCAAAACUCAAAGGUCCCAAAUUUAAGCUGCCAGAAAUGAACAUAAAGCCUCAGAAGAUAUCCAUGCCAGAUGUUGGUUUGCAUUUAAAAGGUCCUAAGGUAAAAGGAGAUUAUGAUGUUACAGCCCCCAAAAUAGAAGGCGAGAUCAAAGCUCCUUCUGUUGAUGUGAAAGGCCCCAAAGUGGACAUCAAUGCACCAGAUGUGGAAGUUCAUGGACCAGAUUGGCACCUGAAGAUGCCCAAGGUGAAAAUGCCCAAGUUCAGCAUGCCUGGCUUCAAAGGAGAGGGUCCUGAAGUGGAUGUGAAUCUUCCUAAGGCCAACAUUGAUGUUUCAGGACCCCAAGUGAACAUUGAGGCUCCAGACGUGAAUAUUGAAGCUCCAGAGGGGAAACUAAAGGGCCCCAAGUUCAAGAUGCCAAGUAUGAAUAUACAGACACACAAAAUUUCUAUGCCAGAUGUUGGACUUAAUCUGAAAGCUCCUAAACUGAAAACUGAUGUGGAUGUUUCCCUUCCCAAAGUGGAGGGAGACCUGAAAGGUCCAGAAGUUGACGUGAAAGCCCCUAAGAUGGAUGUGGAUGUUGGUGAUAUUGAUAUUGAAUGCCCAGAAGGAAAAUUGAAAGGCCCCAAGUUUAAGAUGCCCGACAUGCACUUCAAGACCCCCAAGAUCUCCAUGCCUGAUGUGGACUUACACUUGAAAGGCCCCAAAGUCAAAGGGGAUGUGGAUGUGACAGUGCCCAAGAUGGAAGGUGAGAUGAAAGUGCCAGAUGUGGACAUCAAAGGGCCAAAAGUUGACAUCAGCACCCCAGACGUGGAUGUUCAUGGCCCAGACUGGCACCUGAAGAUGCCCAAGAUGAAAAUGCCCAAGUUCAGCAUGCCCGGCUUCAAAGCAGAGAGCCCAGAGGUGGAUGUGAAACUGCCCAAGGCUGACAUUGAUGUGUCUGGACCCAGCUUGGAUAUUGAUGCCCCUGAUUUGGAUAUUGAAGGACCAGAAGGAAAAUUGAAAGGCUCCAAAUUUAAGAUGCCCAAGUUGAAUAUCAAAGCUCCCAAGAUAUCUAUGCCAGAUGUGGACUUGAAUUUGAAGGGACCCAAACUGAAAGGCGAGAUAGAUGCUUCUAUGCCAGAACUGGAAAGUGAUCUCAGAGGUCCGCAAGUUGAUAUCAAGGGUCCCAGUGUGGAUGUGGAGGUACCUGAUGUUGAUUUGGAGUGUCCUGAUGCAAAGUUGAAAGGCCCCAAGUUUAAGAUGCCUGACAUGCACUUCAAGGCCCCCAAGAUCUCCAUGCCUGAUGUGGACUUACACUUGAAAGGCCCCAAAGUCAAGGGUGAUAUGGAUGUGUCUGUGCCAAAAUUGGAAGGAGAUUUGAAAGGUCCCAGUGUGGAUGUGGAAGUGCCUGAUGUUGAUUUGGAGUGUCCUGAUGCAAAGUUGAAAGGCCCCAAGUUUAAGAUGCCCGACAUGCACUUCAAGGCCCCCAAGAUCUCCAUGCCUGAUGUGGACUUACACUUGAAAGGCCCCAAAGUCAAAGGGGAUGUGGAUGUGACAGUACCCAAGAUAGAAGGUGAGAUGAAAGUGCCAGAUGUGGAUAUCAAAGGGCCCAAAGUGGACAUUGAUGCCCCAGACGUGGAUGUUCAUGGCCCAGACUGGCACCUGAAGAUGCCCAAGAUGAAAAUGCCCAAGUUCAGCAUGCCCGGCUUUAAAGCAGAGAGCCCAGAGGUGGACGUGAAGCUGCCCAAGGCCGACAUUGAUGUGUCAGGGCCCAAGGUGGACAUUGACGUUCCAGAUGUGAACAUUGAGGGUCCAGAAGGGAAGCUGAAGGGUCCCAAGUUUAAGAUGCCUGACAUGCACUUCAAGGCCCCCAAGAUCUCCAUGCCUGAUGUGGACUUACACUUGAAAGGCCCCAAAGUCAAGGGUGAUAUGGAUGUGUCUGUGCCAAAAUUGGAAGGAGAUUUGAAAGGUCCCAGUGUGGAUGUGGAAGUGCCUGAUGUUGAUUUGGAGUGUCCUGAUGCAAAGUUGAAAGGCCCCAAGUUUAAGAUGCCCGACAUGCACUUCAAGGCCCCCAAGAUCUCCAUGCCUGAUGUGGACUUACACUUGAAAGGCCCCAAAGUCAAAGGGGAUGUGGAUGUGACAGUACCCAAGAUGGAAGGUGAGAUGAAAGUGCCAGAAGUGGACAUCAAAGGGCCCAAAGUGGACAUUGAUGCCCCAGACGUGGAUGUUCAUGGCCCAGACUGGCACCUGAAGAUGCCCAAAAUGAAAAUGCCCAAGUUCAGCAUGCCCGGCUUCAAAGCAGAGAGCCCAGAGGUGGACAUGAACCUGCCCAAGGCCGACAUUGAUGUGUCAGGGCCCAAGGUGGACAUUGACGUUCCAGAUGUGAACAUUGAGGGUCCAGAAGGGAAGCUGAAGGGUCCCAAGUUUAAGAUGCCUGACAUGCACUUCAAGGCCCCCAAGAUCUCCAUGCCUGAUGUGGACUUACACUUGAAAGGCCCCAAAGUCAAGGGUGAUAUGGAUGUGUCUGUGCCAAAAUUGGAAGGAGAUUUGAAAGGUCCCAGUGUGGAUGUGGAAGUGCCUGAUGUUGAUUUGGAGUGUCCUGAUGCAAAGUUGAAAGGCCCCAAGUUUAAGAUGCCCGACAUGCACUUCAAGGCCCCCAAGAUCUCCAUGCCUGAUGUGGACUUACACUUGAAAGGCCCCAAAGUCAAAGGAGAUGUGGAUGUGACAGUGCCCAAGAUGGAAGGUGAGAUGAAAGUGCCAGAUGUGGACAUUAAAGGGCCAAAAGUUGACAUCAGCACCCCAGACGUGGAUGUUCAUGGCCCAGACUGGCACCUGAAGAUGCCCAAGAUGAAAAUGCCCAAAUUCAGCAUGCCCGGCUUCAAAGCAGAGGGUCCUGAAGUGGACGUGAGCCUGCCUAAGGCUGACCUUGAUGUGUCAGGGCCCAAGGUGGAUAUUGAUCUUCCAGGUGUGGGCCUUGAGGGUCCAGAAGGGAAGCUGAAGGGUCCCAAGUUUAAGAUGCCUGAGAUGCACUUUCAUGCCCCCAAGAUCUCCAUGCCUGAUGUGGACUUUAACUUAAAGGGACCUAAAGUCAAAGGAGACAUUGAUGUUUCUGUUCCAAAGCUUGAAGGGGAGUUAAAGGGUCCUGAACUGGAUGUCAAGGGCCCCAAAUUAGAUGCUGAUCUCCCAGAAGUCUCUGUGGAAGGCCCAGAUGGUAAAUGGAAAAGUCCUAAAUUUAAGAUGCCAGACAUGCACUUUAAAGCUCCUAAAAUUUCCAUGCCAGAUAUUGAUCUACACUUAAAGAGUCCCAAGGUAAAGGGAGAGGUGGAUGUGGAUGUUCCAAAAUUGGAAGGAGACCUCAAAGGGCCACAUAUGGAUAUCAGUGGGCCAGAAGUUGAUAUUGAAGGACCAGAGGGAAAAUUGAAAGGCCCUAAAUUCAAGAUGCCUGAUAUGCACUUCAAAGCCCCCAAUAUUUCUAUGCCUGAUGUUGAUCUAAAUUUGAAAGGACCCAAAAUCAAGGGAGAUGUGGAUGUGUCUGUGCCUGAGGUAGAAGGUAAAAUAAAAGUACCAGAUGUAAAUAUCAAGGGCCCCAAAAUAGAUGUUAAUGCUCCUGAUGUUCAUGGCCCAGAUUGGCAUUUGAAGAUGCCCAAGAUGAAAAUGCCCAAAUUCAGCAUGCCUGGCUUCAAGGGAGAGGGUCCUGAAGUGGACGUGAACCUGCCCAAGGCUGACAUUGAUGUCUCAGGACCUAAGGUGGACAUUGAAGGCCCUGAUGUGAACAUUGAAGGACCAGAAGGAAAGUUGAAAGGUCCUAAGUUCAAGAUGCCGGAGAUGAACAUCAAGGCCCCCAAGAUCUCCAUGCCUGACAUUGAUUUGCAUCUGAAGGGUCCCAAGAUGAAGGGUGAUGUGGAUGCUUCUCUCCCCAAGAUUGAAGGAGAUCUAAAAGGCCCAGAAGUUGAUAUCAAAGGUCCAAAAAUGGACAUCAGUGCCCCUGAUGUGGAUGUGCAAGGCCCAGACUGGCACCUGAAGAUGCCCAAGGUGAAAAUGCCCAAGUUCAGCAUGCCUGGCUUCAAAGGAGAGGGUCCUGAAGUGGACGUGAAACUGCCCAAGGCUGACAUUGAUGUCUCAGGGCCCAAGGUGGACAUUGAAGUUCCUGAUGUGAACAUUGAAGGACCAGAAGGAAAGCUGAAAGGUCCCAAGUUCAAGAUGCCGGAGAUGAACAUCAAGGCCCCCAAGAUCUCCAUGCCUGACAUUGACCUUAACCUGAAAGGCCCCAAAGUGAAGGGCGAUGUGGACGUGUCUCUGCCCAAAGUGGAAGGUGAGAUUAAAGUUCCUGAAGUGGACAUCAAAGGCCCCAAAGUGGACGUUGAUGUUCCAGAUGUGGAUGUUCAUGGCCCAGACUGGCACUUGAAGAUGCCCAAGAUAAAAAUGCCCAAGUUCAGCAUGCCAGGCUUCAAGGGAGAAGGACCAGAGGUUGAUGUGAACUUGCCCAAAGCUGACAUUGAUGUCUCAGGGCCUAAGGUGGACAUUGAAGGUCCUGAUGUCAGUAUUGAAGGACCUGAAGGAAAGUUGAAAGGUCCCAAGUUCAAGAUGCCUGAGAUGAACAUCAAAGCUCCCAAGAUCUCCAUGCCUGACUUUGAUUUGCACAUGAAGGGUCCUAAGGUGAAAGGAGAUGUGGAUGUGUCUCUGCCUAGAGUAGAAGGUGACCUCAAGGGUCCUGAAAUCGACAUCAAAGGCCCCAAAGUGGACAUUGAUGCUCCAGAUGUGGAUGUUCAGGGCCCAGACUGGCACCUGAAGAUGCCCAAGGUGAAAAUGCCCAAGUUCAGCAUGCCUGGCUUCAAAGGAGAAGGCCCUGAAGUGGACGUGAACCUGCCCAAAGCUGACAUUGAUGUCUCAGGACCCAAGGUGGACAUUGAAGGUCCUGAUGUGAACAUUGAAGGACCUGAAGGAAAGUUGAAAGGUCCCAAGUUCAAGAUGCCUGAGAUGAACAUCAAAGCCCCCAAGAUUUCCAUGCCUGACUUUGAUUUGCAUCUAAAGGGUCCCAAGGUAAAAGGUGAUGUGGACGUUUCUCUGCCAAAAGUGGAAGGUGACUUAAAGGGUCCUGAUGUUGACAUCAAAGGCCCCAAAGUGGACAUCGAUGCCCCAGAUGUGGAUGUACAAGGCCCAGACUGGCACCUGAAGAUGCCCAAGGUGAAAAUGCCCAAGUUCAGCAUGCCUGGCUUCAAAGGAGAGGGUCCUGAAGUGGACGUGAACCUGCCCAAGGCUGACAUUGAUGUCUCAGGGCCCAAGGUGGACAUUGAAGUUCCUGAUGUGAACAUUGAAGGUCCAGAUGCAAAGCUGAAAGGUCCCAAGUUCAAGAUGCCAGAGAUGAACAUCAAGGCCCCCAAGAUCUCCAUGCCUGACAUUGACCUUAACCUGAAAGGCCCCAAAGUGAAGGGCGAUGUGGACGUGUCUCUGCCCAAAGUGGAAGGUGAGAUUAAAGUUCCUGAAGUGGACAUUAAAGGCCCCAAAGUGGACGUUGAUGUUCCAGAUGUGGAUGUUCAUGGUCCAGAUUGGCACUUGAAGAUGCCCAAAAUAAAAAUGCCCAAGUUCAGCAUGCCAGGCUUCAAGGGAGAAGGACCAGAGGUUGAUGUGAACUUGCCCAAAGCUGACAUUGAUGUCUCAGGGCCUAAGGUGGACAUUGAAGGUCCUGAUGUUAGUAUUGAAGGACCUGAAGGAAAGUUGAAAGGUCCCAAGUUCAAGAUGCCUGAGAUGAACAUCAAGGCCCCCAAGAUCUCAAUGCCAGAUUUGGACCUUAAUCUUAAAGGCCCUAAAGUGAAAGGGGAGGUGGAUGUUUCACUUCCAAAUGUAGAAGGUGAUUUGAAAGGACCUACACUUGACAUAACAGGCCCGAAAUUAGACGUAGAUGUUCCAGAUAUUGACAUUCAUGGCCCAGAAGGCAAAUUAAAAGGUCCCAAACUGAAGAUGCCUGAAAUGCAUGUAAACAUGCCCAAGAUCUCCAUGCCAGAAAUUGACUUGAAUUUGAAGGGAUCAAAGCUGAAGGGAGAUGUUGAUAUCUCUGGGCCAAAACUGGAGGGUGACAUUAAAGCUCCCAAACUGGAUGUGAAAGGCCCAGAAGUAGACAUUUCUGGUCCGAAGCUCAAUAUUGAAGGCAAGUCAAAGAAAUCUCGUUUUAAACUUCCCAAAUUUAAUUUUUCGGGCUCCAAAGUUCAGACACCUGAGGUGGAUAUUAAAGCUAAAAAGCCAGAUAUUGAUGUAACUGGCCCAAAAGUUGAUCUUAAUGCUCCUGAAGUUGAAGUUCAAGGAAAAGUGAAAGGAUCUAAGUUUAAAAUGCCUUUCCUGAGUAUUUCAUCUCCCAAAGUGUCUAUGCCUGAUGUGGAGUUAAAUUUGAAAGGUCCUAAAGUCAAAGGAGAUUUAGAUGUUGCAGGUCCAACUUUAGAAGGAGAAUUUAAAGGUCCCAAAGUGGAUAUUCAGGCACCAGAUGUCCACCUUAAUGCACCUGAAGUAGAUGUUCAUGGUCCAGAUUUGAAUGUGAAAAUGCCCAAGAUGAAAAUGCCCAAAUUUGGUGUUCCUGGCUUAAAAGCAGAAGGUCCAGAAAUGGCUGUGGAUCUACCAAAAGGAGACAUCAACAUAGAAGGUCCCACUCUGAAUGUUGAGGGCCCAGAACUCAAUGUGGAAGGUCCAGAAGGAAGCAUAAAAGGUCCCAAAUUCAAGAUGCCUGACAUGAACAUAAAAGCUCCUAAGAUCUCCAUGCCUGACAUUGACUUAAAUCUGAAGGGUCCCAAGGUGAAAGGUGAUAUGGAUAUUUCUCCACCCAAACUUGAAGGGGAUCUGAAAGGGCCAGAAGUUGAUAUCAAAGGCCCUAAAGUGGACAUCAGUGCCCCAGAAGUGGAUGUUCAUGGUCCAGACUGGAACCUGAAGAUGCCCAAGAUGAAAAUGCCCAAGUUUAGCAUGCCCGGCUUCAAAGGAGAGGGUCCUGAAGUGGAUGUGAACCUGCCUAAGGCUGACAUUGACAUUUCUGGCCCCAGUGUAGACAUUGAUGUCCCUGAUGUCAACAUUGAAGGUCCAGAUGCAAAACUGAAGGGUCCCAAAUUCAAGAUGCCUGAGAUGAACAUCAAGGCCCCUAAGAUCUCCAUGCCUGACUUUGAUCUAAACCUGAAGGGCCCCAAAAUGAAGGGUGAUGUGGAUGUUUCUCUGCCAAAAGUGGAAGGUGAUGUAAAGGGUCCCGAGGUGAACAUUAAGGGCCCCAAAGUGGACAUUGACACUCCUGAUAUUAAUAUAGAAGGCCCAGAGGGUAAAUUGAAGGGACCCAAAUUUAAGAUGCCAGAAAUGCAUUUAAAGGCUCCCAAAAUAUCUAUGCCUGACAUUGACUUGAACAUGAAGGGCCCCAAGAUGAAGGGUGAUGUGGAUGCUUCUCUCCCCAAGAUUGAAGGAGAUCUAAAAGGCCCAGAAGUUGAUAUCAAAGGUCCAAAAAUGGACAUCAGUGCCCCUGAUGUGGAUGUGCAAGGCCCAGACUGGCACCUGAAGAUGCCCAAGGUGAAAAUGCCCAAGUUCAGCAUGCCUGGCUUCAAAGGAGAGAGUCCUGAAGUGGACGUGAACCUGCCCAAGGCUGACAUUGAUGUCUCAGGGCCCAAGGUGGACAUUGAAGUUCCUGAUGUGAACAUUGAAGGACCAGAAGGAAAGCUGAAAGGUCCCAAGUUCAAGAUGCCUGAGAUGAACAUCAAGGCCCCCAAGAUCUCCAUGCCUGACAUUGACCUUAACCUGAAAGGCCCCAAAGUGAAGGGCGAUGUGGACGUGUCUCUGCCCAAAGUGGAAGGUGAGAUUAAAGUUCCUGAAGUGGACAUCAAAGGCCCCAAAGUGGACGUUGAUGUUCCAGAUGUGGAUGUUCAUGGCCCAGACUGGCACUUGAAGAUGCCCAAGAUAAAAAUGCCCAAGUUCAGCAUGCCAGGCUUCAAGGGAGAAGGACCAGAGGUUGAUGUGAACUUGCCCAAAGCUGACAUUGAUGUCUCAGGGCCUAAGGUGGACAUUGAAGGUCCUGAUGUCAGUAUUGAAGGACCUGAAGGAAAGUUGAAAGGUCCCAAGUUCAAGAUGCCUGAGAUGAACAUCAAAGCUCCCAAGAUCUCCAUGCCUGACUUUGAUUUGCACAUGAAGGGUCCUAAGGUGAAAGGAGAUGUGGAUGUGUCUCUGCCUAGAGUAGAAGGUGACCUCAAGGGUCCUGAAAUCGACAUCAAAGGCCCCAAAGUGGACAUUGAUGCUCCAGAUGUGGAUGUUCAGGGCCCAGACUGGCACCUGAAGAUGCCCAAGGUGAAAAUGCCCAAGUUCAGCAUGCCUGGCUUCAAAGGAGAAGGCCCUGAAGUGGACGUGAACCUGCCCAAAGCUGACAUUGAUGUCUCAGGACCCAAGGUGGACUUAGACACUCCUGACAUUGACAUUCAUGGUCCAGAAGGGAAACUGAAGGGUCCAAAGUUUAAAAUGCCUGACCUGCAUCUCAAGGCCCCCAAGGUCUCCAUGCCUGAAGUUGACCUGAGUCUGAAGGGUCCAAAGGUGAAAGGUGAUGUGGAUGUUUCUCUGCCCAAAGUGGAAGGUGACCUCAAAGGCCCUGAAGUUGACAUCAAAGGCCCCAAGGUAGACAUCAGUGCCCCAGAUGUGGAUGUUCAUGGCCCAGACUGGCACUUGAAGAUGCCCAAGGUGAAAAUGCCCAAGUUCAGCAUGCCUGGCUUCAAAGGAGAGGGUCCUGAAGUGGACGUGAACCUGCCCAAGGCUGACAUUGAUGUCUCAGGGCCCAAGGUGGACAUCGAGGUUCCAGAUGUGAACAUUGAAGGUCCAGAUGCAAAGCUGAAAGGUCCCAAGUUCAAGAUGCCAGAGAUGAACAUCAAGGCCCCCAAGAUCUCCAUGCCUGACAUUGACUUUAACCUGAAAGGCCCCAAAGUAAAGGGCGAUGUAGAUGUUUCUCUACCCAAAGUGGAAGGUGAGAUUAAAGUUCCUGAAGUUGACAUCAAAGGCCCCAAGGUAGACAUCAGUGCCCCAGAUGUGGAUGCUCAUGGCCCAGACUGGCACUUGAAGAUGCCCAAGGUGAAAAUGCCCAAGUUCAGCAUGCCUGGCUUCAAAGGAGAGGGUCCUGACGUGGAUGUGAACCUACCCAAGGCUGACAUUGAUGUCUCAGGGCCCAAGGUGGACAUUGAGGUUCCAGAUGUGAACAUUGAAGGACCAGAAGGAAAGUUGAAAGGUCCCAAGUUCAAGAUGCCAGAGAUGAACAUCAAGGCCCCCAAGAUCUCCAUGCCUGACAUUGACUUUAACUUGAAGGGUCCCAAAGUGAAGGGUGAUGUGGAUGUGUCUCUACCCAAAGUAGAAGGUGAUCUCAAGGGCCCUGAAAUUGAUAUUAAGGGCCCCAGUGUGGACAUUGAUGUUCCUGAUGUCAAUAUUGAAGGUCCAGAAGGAAAAUUAAAAGGGCCCAAAUUUAAAAUGCCAGAGAUGAAUAUCAAAGCUCCCAAGAUUUCCAUGCCUGACUUUGACUUAAAUCUCAAAGGGCCAAAGGUAAAGGGAGAUGUGGACCUUUCCCUACCUAAGGUGGAAGGUGAUCUGAAAGGGCCAGAGGUGGAUAUUGAAGGCCCUGAAGGGAAAAUCAAAGGUCCUAAAUUUAAGAUGCCUGAUGUCCAUUUCAAAACUCCCCAAAUCUCCAUGAGUGACAUUGAUUUGAACUUGAAAGGACCUAAGAUAAAAGGAGAUUUGGAUGUUUCUAUUCCUGCACCUGAAGGAGAUUUGAAGGGCCCAAAAGUGGAUAUCAAAGGCCCUAAGCUGGACUUAGAUACUCCUGACAUUGACAUUCAUGGUCCAGAAGGGAAACUGAAGGGUCCAAAGUUUAAAAUGCCUGACCUGCAUCUCAAGGCCCCCAAGGUCUCCAUGCCUGAAGUUGACCUGAGUCUGAAGGGUCCAAAGGUGAAAGGUGAUGUGGAUGUUUCUCUGCCCAAAGUGGAAGGUGACCUCAAAGGCCCUGAAGUUGACAUCAAAGGCCCCAAGGUAGACAUCAGUGCCCCAGAUAUGGAUGUUCAUGGCCCAGACUGGCACUUGAAGAUGCCCAAGGUGAAAAUGCCCAAGUUCAGCAUGCCUGGCUUCAAAGGAGAGGGUCCUGAAGUGGAUGUGAACCUGCCCAAGGCUGACAUUGAUGUCUCAGGGCCCAAGGUGGACAUCGAGGUUCCAGAUGUGAACAUUGAAGGUCCAGAUGCAAAGCUGAAAGGUCCCAAGUUCAAGAUGCCAGAGAUGAACAUCAAGGCCCCCAAGAUCUCCAUGCCUGACAUUGACCUUAACCUGAAAGGCCCCAAAGUGAAGGGCGAUGUGGACGUAUCUCUACCCAAAGUAGAAGGUGACCUGAAGGGUCCUGAAAUUGACAUCAAAGGCCCCAAAGUGGAUAUCAGUGCCCCAGAUGUGGAUACUCAUGGCCCAGACUGGCACCUGAAGAUGCCCAAGGUGAAAAUGCCCAAGUUCAGCAUGCCUGGCUUCAAAGGAGAGGGUCCUGAAGUGGACGUGAACCUGCCCAAGGCUGACAUUGAUGUCUCAGGGCCCAAGGUGGACAUUGCUGUCCCGGAUGUAAAUAUUGAAGGUCCAGAUGCAAAGCUGAAAGGUCCUAAGUUCAAGAUGCCUGAGAUAAAUAUCAAGGCUCCUAAGAUCUCCAUGCCUGAUGUUGACCUGGAUUUGAAAGGACCCAAAGUAAAAGGAGAUUUCGAUGUGUCUGGCCCUAAGAUUGAAGGCCCAGAAGUAGACCUGAAAGGUCCAGGUCUGGAUUUUGGAGGCCCUGAUGCCAAACUCAGUGGCCCUAAUUUGAAGAUGCCAUCACUGGAUAUAUCUGCACCGAAAGUGACUGUUCCUGAUGUUGAUUUGCAUCUUAAGACACCAAAAAUUGGAAUUUCUGGUCCCAAGCUAGAAGGUGGUGAUAUGGACUUCAAGGGGCCCAAAGUUGAUUUGGAAGCUCCAAGCUUAGAUGUACACAUGGAAAGCCCAGAUAUUAACAUUGAGGGGCCAGAUGUUAAGAUUCCUAAGUUUAAGAAACCCAAGUUUGGAUUUGGGGCAAAAAGUCCAAAAGCUGACAUCAAGUCACCUUCACUCGAUGUGACUCUUCCUGAGGCAGAACUGAAUGUUGAAGCUCCUGAAAUUAGUGUUGGUGGCAAGGGCAAGAAAAGUAAAUUUAAAAUGCCUAAAAUUCACAUGAGUGGUCCUAAAGUUAAGGCCAAAAAGCAGGGAUUUGAUUUGAAUGUUCCUGGGGCUGAGAUCGAUGCCAGUCUCAAAGCUCCUGAUGUAGAUGUCAAUGUCACGGGGCCAGAUGCUGCACUCAAAGUCGAUGUAAAAUCUCCCAAAACCAAGAAGACUAUGUUUGGAAAAAUGUACUUCCCAGAUGUAGAGUUUGACAUCAAAUCACCUAAAUUUAAAACUGAGGCCCCGCUCCCUAGCCCCAAGCUGGAGGGUGAAAUCCAGGCACCUGAUCUAAAUAUUUCUUCACCAGGAAUUAAUGUGGAAGGUCCCAAGUUCAAGAUGCCAGGUGUGGAUGUGUCAGGGCCAAAAAUAGAGGGCGACUUGAAAGGCCCCAGGGUACAGGCCAACUUAGGCACACCUGAUAUCAACAUCGAAGGCCCAGAUGCUAAAAUCAAAGCACCAUCUUUUGGCAUUUCUGCCCCUCAAGUCUCCAUGCCUGAUGUGAAUGUUAACUUGAAAGGACCAAAGAUAAAGGGUGAUGUCCCCAGUGUGGGACUGGAAGGACCAGAUGUAGAUCUGCAUGGUCCAGAAGCAAAAAUCAAGUUCCCCCACUUUUCGAUGCCCAAGAUCAGCGUCCCUGGUGUGAAAAUGGAGGGUGGAGCAGCCGAGCUCAAUGCCCAGCUGCCCUCUCUUGAAGGAGGCUUGAGCACACCAGAUGUUAAGCUUGAAGGGCCUGAUGUCUCUCUGAAGGGGCCAGGAAUAGACUUGCCUUCAGUCAACCUCUCUAUGCCAAAAGUCUCUGGGCCUGAUCUUGGCCUGAACUUGAAAGGACCAAGUUUGAAGGGAGACCUGGAUGCAUCGGCUCCAAGCAUAAAGGUGCAGGCCCCAGGGCUCGACCUCAGAGGUGUCGGUGGAAAGGUGCAGGUGGGAGGAGAUGGUAUGAAAGUGCCGGGGAUCAACGCCACAACGCUUAAUGUCGGGGCACCAGACGUGACACUGAAGGGACCAUGCCUCCAGGGAGAUCUGGCUGUCUCUGGUGACAUCAAGGGCCCUAAAAUAUCCGUAGGUGCUCCUGAUCUAAGCUUGGAGGCACCCGAAGGUGGUAUUAAACUUCCCCAAAUGAAGCUGCCCCAGUUUGACAUCUCCACUCCAGGGUCUGACUUGGACAUUAACAUCAAGGGGCCACAAGUUGGUGGAGAGCUAAAGGGGCCAGGCCUGGAUGUGAACCUGAAAGGGCCUCAGAUCUCAGCACCAGAUGUGGACUUGAACUUGGAAGGACCAAAAGUGAAAGGGAGCCUCGGGGGCAUUGGUGAGAUGAAAGGCCCCACAGUCGCAGGAAGUCUGCCGGGUGUCAGUGUUCAGGGCCUGGACGGCAAUCUCCACAUGCCUGGAAUCAAGUCCCCUGGAUGUGCUAUGGACCUGCCAGGUGUGAAUGUCAAACUCCCAACUGGGCAGAUUUCGGGUCCUGAAAUCAAAGGUGAUCUGAAAGGUUCAGGAAUGGGUUUCCAUGGAGCUGUUCCUGACAUCAAUGUAAAAGGGCCUUCCUUUAAUGUGGCAUCUCCUGAGUCAGAUUUUGGUGUCAGCUUGAAGGGCCCAAAAAUCAAAGGCGGUGUGGAUGUUUCAGGUGGUAUCAGUGCCCCAGAUAUCAGCCUGGGCGAAGGGCAUAUGAGUGUUAAAGGAUCUGGGGUGGAGUGGAAGGGACCCCAGGCCUCCUCUGCUCUCAACCUGGAUGCAUCUAAACUUGCUGGGGGCCUUCAUUUCUCAGGACCAAAGAUAGAAGGAGGAGUGAAAGGAGGUCAGAUUGGACUCCAGGGUCCUGGGCUGAGUGUGUCUGGGCCUCAAGGUCACUUGGAAAGUGGAUCUGGAAAAGUAACAUUCCCCAAGAUGAAGAUCCCCAAAUUUACCUUCUCUGGCCGUGAGCUGGUUGGCAGAGAAGUGGGGGUGGAUAUCAACUUCCCGAAAGUGGAGGGCAAUGUGCAGGCCUGUGCUGGAGAAGGCGAGUGGGAAGAAUCCGAAGUAAAACUUAAAAAGUCCAAAAUCAAAAUGCCCAAGUUUAAUUUUUCCAAACCUAAAGGGAAAGGUGGCGUCACGGGUUCACCAGAAGCAUCCAUCUCUGGGUCCAAAGGUGACCUGAAAAGUUCCAAGGCCAGCCUGGGCUCCCUGGAAGGAGAAGCAGAGGCCGAGGCAUCUUCACCCAAAGGCAAAUUCUCCCUAUUUAAAAGUAAGAAGCCACGGCACCGCUCCAAUUCUUUCAGUGAUGAAAGGGAGUUCUCCGCCCCUUCCACCCCCACGGGGACUUUGGAGUUUGAAGGUGGAGAAAUGUCCCUGGAAGGUGGGAAAGUUAAAGGGAAGCAUGGGAAGCUGAAGUUUGGUACCUUUGGUGGAAUAGGGUCAAAGAGCAAAGGUCAUUACGAGGUGACCGGGAGCGAUGAUGAGGCAGGCAAGUUACAGGGGAGUGGAGUGUCCCUGGCCUCUAAGAAGUCCCGACUGUCCUCUUCUUCUAGCAACGACAGUGGUACUAAGGUCGGCAUCCAGCUUCCUGAGGUUGAGCUGGCGGUUUCCACAAAGAAAGAGUAGAGGGCCUCUGUAUGUGUGUACAUAUCUAUAUAAAUACAUCCGCCUUGGGUGUCUUUGUUUAUAAACUGCAAAGAGAAACACCCCAACAGCCUCAGCAAUAAUGCAAAGAUCUUGCCUCUCCCAGUGGUGGCAGGUGCUGAAAAACCAACCACCGACAGGCUCCAGGAACUCUACAGAAGAAGAGUUCCAAGUUCAUCCAGCCGUGUGCAAAGUCAACAGUUAUUUUGCCUUUAAGAGUUCAGUUUUUUUUUUUUUUUUUUUUGCAUUGAACGCUGAGAGCUCCUGUUUACUAAAGCCAGCUUUUGUGUUUAUUAUCCUUGUUUUUACUGAACAUUGUUAGUGUUGGGGGUAAUGGAAACCCAUUUUUUUCAUUGUAAUGACUUUGGGCUUUUGUUAGUAGGGGAGGGUGGGGUAAAGGCAGCAGGGGUGGGGUGGGGAGAUCAGCAUUGAUCCUAAGAUCAGAUCUAUUCAAACAGAGCAUCUGGAUGUGAUGGCCCAGAGGAGGUGACAGCCAGAGUCUGGGCAUGGUUUGGGGGUCUUUAGCACAGCUUUUCCCCCCAGGGGUGGUGGUCCCAGCCAGUUCAGUGCUCAAAGGUGAGGUGAGAGGGAAUUAGAAACUGCAAAUUGUCCAACCCACUGGCUCAACAGGAGGGACUUCUAUUCUGUGUUUUGUAAGAGAAAUGUUUUAUUCAUGACUGCCAUGUUCCUGAUAAUAGUUCUGAUUUCUUUUUUUUUAACAAAUGUUUUCAUGAUUCAGAAAAUUUCUGGCACUUUAAUGGCAAAUUAAUUGAGAAUGUAAGAAAGUGAUGCUGUAUGAGGCAAAUAAAGCUGUUAUUAACCCUGA